UUCUGAUAGUUGAUCGCACGAGGUACGGCAGACCGGAGCGCGUCUACGAUCAAUAAUAUUAGGAAAAUGAGCUGGUGAUCGGACUCGUUUUUGGGAAGGACUCGGCCAUGGUGUCCGGCGACCAGGAAAGGACGCUACCCGAGCCGGACGACUACGCAAAGUGCUUCUAUGAUCUCUUUAAGAGCGUCGCCGAAGCCCAGAGAGCAAAGGGUAAAUGGAAGAAGUGUAAAAAGGAGAAGGGGAUUAGGAAAAAAGACAAAAAAAAGGUCGAUUUAAACUGGGAUUCAAAUUACACUGAGCCAGCAGACGUAGAAGUGGCCAGUAAUGCUUCAGCAUUUGCAGUAUUCGCUAGUAUUAGAAGUGCUGUUUUGGAGAAACAUCUGCGCACUACUGGAGAGGUUCUUAGAGCGUCGAGUUGCAGUUCACCACCGCCGACUGAUCUCAGUAAUAGCGUGGACACCGAUAGCGAAGAUGAAGAUAGAGUUUCGACGGUGCAGAGCUUACCAAAGAUCGUUGGCAUUGGGUUGAGGAGUGUCUUCACAUUAAUGCGGGAGAGUCGUGCGCUUCAACCAAUUUUAUGUACUAAAGCAUUAAGCGCACUAUUGGAUGUUUUACAAGGACAAUUACCCGAAGGCCUUAAGUCAGAACCUGAUGAUGUUGUCGAUCCUUUAUUUGAUCUUCUGCUGGACCUGGCCACGUCCCAUGGACCAGAAUCCACAGCCGUUAAUGACGGCAGUCACUUGACAGCCAUUGCCUGUGCGUGCCUAUUGAGUCUGGUUAUAGUCAGGGGUGAUACCGGGCGACUUUUGGCAGCAACUGCUGCAUUAUUGAUGUGCCCGAGAGCUUUAGCAGCUCAAAAUAUUCAGAUGCCAUGCGUGUUGAUGUCUCUGCAAAGAAGCGUCCAUGCGGUACUGCUAGGGAAACUGGCUCGGCCAGAUUGGAUCACGCACGGAGUUCCUAAGAGUUCUAAGAUUUACACUUCUACGCUUAAGUUACCAAAUGAAAUGAACAGUGUUGUGCUGAAUGGAAAAAGUUUCGCGAGUGAUGGAAAGUACUUGUACCUGCACACCAGCCGGGGACUGCUGAAGAUAGGCAGCGGCCACGGUGGAACUAUUUGGGGCCAUUUGUAUGCUCACAAGGCCGAUUUCUUUCCAACCGAGACGGGGUGGCUUGGAUACGCUAACAGUUCCUUAUAUUUCAAGUGCGCUCCCAGGAAACAGUGCGAGCUUUUAAUAUUAGAUGCUGAGUCUCUUGCGUUAAUGGGAAUUGCUGUUCUGGAGGGACGGGACUGGCCCUCUUCGGUCAUGUUCUCCGAUGGUGAGAAUCUGGGGAUGAUCACCGCUGGUAAAGAUGAGGGCUUCGUCGUCCGCACAAUCAACACAUUAAGCAAUCCAGUGACGGUGACUUCGGAGUUGCCUCUGAAGCUCGCAAGGAAGUGCGUGGACGUAUUCGGGAGUGCGACUUUUGACGAAGAACAAACUGUUCGUACUUUGAAUCCAGACUGCGACGACGAGAUCGCAUCCGUAACUGCAGGAAAAGAGUUUGGUUUACUCAAGACUGUGUCCGGAAAGCUACUCUAUACGGGAAAAGGAAGUUGCCUGGGACUGAAAACUAACACUAGGCCUAACAGAUGGUUGGAGGUCCCGAUGAGUAAAGGUCAGAAAGUGGUGCACUUCGCAACGGGCCACGACGGUCAGCAUAUCGUCAUCGUGCUAAAAGAUGGCUCGGUACUAUUUGCCGGAACUGCAAGACGCGGAGAAGACGGAGACACCACAAAAACGCGACGCCAGCCCAAACCGGUGAAACCUAAUAAAAUGCUCAAGGUGGAAGGACAGUUCAUAGUGGACGCUACUUGUAACAACGGCUCGACGGCUCUGGUCACGAAGGAAGGUUCUUUGCUCAUGUUCGGCAAAGACACUUUGCACGCGGACAGUAGCUCUGGUCUCGUCAACGACCUCAAAGAUGUCUGCGUAGUUCGCGUAGCCAUGGGGAAGGCUCACGCGGUUGCCCUGACCAACAAGGGCCACCUAUAUACCUUUGGAAUUAAUAACAAGGGCCAGUGUGGCAGAGAUUUCUCGAGCGUCCAUUCAACGAAUAAGGAAGCUGCAGUAGUCGCCAUGGAAACGGGCACUGCAGAGGACGAGCUUAUCCUGACCGAAGAAGACCCUGGGGAUCAAGGAGAAGUAUGGGCAAGGUCGGCAUCUAUGUGUUUUCCUGGGCAACAUCAAUGGAGGCAUGGUGUGUGCAUGGUUUGCACCGUGUGCAGAGAAUGUACUGGAUAUGGCAUUUCAUGUUUGAAUGGUCUGCGUUCCGAUCGAAACCCUGGCUGGGAGUGCGGAUGCGGAGUAGGUGACAGUGGGUGUGCCGAAUGUGGCUGCUGUAGAAUGUGUGCGAAAAAGAGCAGCGACAAUGCAGGAGGAACCAUCAAUUCGAAACUCCAGUACUAUUUGCGGAAGUACUGCGAAGAGAAGGGCCAGAAGCAGAGAAACAAAGCCGGACCUAGUGCGAUGAAGUAUACCCUGAAAUUGAAGGAGACAGGCAACCAUAGACUAGCCGGCCCCAGCGCAUCUGUUCAGAAAAGUUCUCCGGGUAGAGCUGCCCUAGGACUCGCUAACAAUAUUCUAGGAGAGGAAGGCGUUGGCGGAAGCGACGCCGAAAGAGGAGAUGCGGCCAGAGUCGUCAGCAUUCCACCUGCAAGAGUUCCGGUCCCAAGCGAUAGUCCUGUUGUUCAAAUAUCCUGUGGCUUGCAUCACACAGUGAUACUUUUGCAAAACGGUGAGGUGUACACAUUCGGAAGCAAUAUAUAUGGCCAGCUGGGAGUGGGAGAUCUCGUGGCACAUCCUGGACUGGUUCAAGUGAAGCUUCCUAGUCUUGCCUCGCAAGUGGCAGCUGGUGGCAAUCACACCGUCGUCCUUACGUCAAAGGGCGAGGUUUAUACCUUUGGAGCUUAUCAAAAAGGGCAGUUGGGGAUGAACUGCUGGGGCGGUCAGAACGAUGGCACCAACUUAAGCCAGAGCAGCCGUAGAUCCGAGAGAUCGCAACCCUGGCAUAGUUUUCCAAACGUAGUUCCCAACAUCGGCCCUCGAUGGGGCAGACGAGCGACGUGGAUCGGGGCAGCUGGUGACCAAACCUACGUCAAGAUCGACGAGAUCAAUUCCAUCUGUUUGACCAGAAGCACCGUAAUGGCCAAUAAGAAUUGUAUAAUUUUGAUCCCGCACCAGGCCGACCAUCCGAACUCCUUCAAGAGUUUGGUAAUCAGCAAACGGGACGGCAGCUGCAACACUUUCAGCGGUCUCGACCAGGUGGACUUCAGCAAUACGGCCACUUGCCUGGACCCUCUGUACAAUGUGAUAUGGACGUACAAUCCGUCGAAUAACGAGAUCAGCUGUUAUAAUAUCAUCUCCACCGAGGCCAGGACUAUCCCUGGCUUAGAGGCGUCUAUAUUAAGUCCAGGAUUGGCGUUACCGAUGGUGCCUUUUUGCUUCGUUACGCGCUCCCAGGCGGCGAUGCAUCUCUUGGGCUGCCUUGACACAUUGACGCAAGCCCAGGAGGAACAAUUGACUAUUGUCGAACAAAACGAGUGUAGCCAAUCACCUCAGGGGAAGGUCUACAGUAGGGAAGACUUCUCCACUGUUAGCAGAUUUGAACUUCAUGGUGCUGGCUGGGGGUACGCCAGGAAUUCCAUCGAGGCUCUUAGGUUCAUGGCCGAUACGGAUAUUUUAUUAGGUGGUUAUGGUCUCUUCGGUGGUCGAGGGGAAUGUACAGCGAGAAUAAAGCUUUUCGACAUCGGUUUUGACGGCGGUGACCAAGAAAACGACGGCGACCUGUUGGCAGAAACUGAAGAGAUUCCGUACGAGUGUGGAUCCAGGCAGAAGUAUGCCAUCAUGUUUGACGAGCCCGUCCUUUUGCAAGCGAACAGGUGGUAUGUCGCUUGGGCAAAAAUCAGCGGGCCUUCCAGUGACUGUGGAUCGAAAGGACAGGGAGUCGUCACCACCGAAGACCAGGUGAUGUUCUACUUCAAAUCGUCAAAGAAAUCCAACAAUGGUACCGACAUCAGCUCGGGCCAGAUUCCGCAAUUGUUGUACCGAGUUGUCACCCCGGAAAAUCAAGGAUCCAACAGGCAACGCGAUCAGUCGGAAUCGGUGUACACUCUCAGUUCGGAAUUCAGUAAAACCGUGACGAAGGAAUGCUUUCAAUCGCUGAUAUCGCUUCUACAAUGGAGUUGGAACACUCUGAAGACCAAUUUGGCUGAAACGGUUUCGUCGUCGCAAACAAUGCUGGAGAUGGAGCGAUUGGUGUACAUCAGUAAGGCCAGUUUAAGGCUACUCAGGAUAUACACCAACGUGAUUUAUCCGAAACAAGUUAAUGCUAAGAAGUCUCUGCCGGAGUCGGUUAAGCUGGCAGAGUGCAUAGGAGAAGUCAGAGCACUACUUCGUCAGAUUCUGUCGGACUCGCUGACUACCAAUGCGAAGACCAAGGGCAAGACACGCGUGAGCAAAGGAUCCGGCAUCCUACGUAACAAGAUGACCGGAACAAUUCUGGACGAGUGUCACAAGACGUUCGUGUCCUGCUACCACGCGUUUUACCCUACGGCAUACUUGAAGUGGACUUUAUUAUGCGAGCUACUGUCCGAGAUUAAUAAGGAUCAAGGGACGUCGUCCAGAGAUCGGCUCCUCUCGGCAGUCCUUGCAUCCCUUUGCCAGUCUUCCGUUCGUCUUCACACAACAUUCCCAAUUCUCAGUAACGUAGUGGACAGCAGUGACAGUUUAAAGCGCCAGUUGAGUCCCUCCGACAACGCUGGCCUGUCGACGACCAAUUCGAUGGAGGUUCACAAUUAUCCCAUCCUAGAGGAGCAGAUCAAUUACAAGUCGCAGAUAGAAAGCUCCGCCAAGGACACUAUGAACUGGUCCUUCCGCGAGGUCCUGGAGAGACUUUUGGACUUAAUUCUGAUACCCGUUAAGAAGAGUCUCUGUAGGGAGAAGAACCAAUCGCUGCCAGACCUGGUGUAUCAUUGCUGCCACCUGGUGGCGAGGAUCGUCGCGGAAUUGGCUAUCCAGUCGAGCGGGAACGACGACGAUCUGCGAACGGCUUGCGGAAGAUUCCUGUACACCACACCGUCCAGAUUCACGCGGAUUAAUAAGACUAGGUCUUGGAACACCGGGAACGGAUCUCCGGAUGCAAUUUGCUUUUCCGUGGACAGGCCUGGAAUCGUUAUCGCAGGCGCUGGGAUCUUUGGCGGAGCUGGUAUCUACGACUAUUGGCUAGAACUUCUGGACGACCAAAAUAACACUGGGAACGAUCCCUCGCACACCCAGAGAUGGAGCAGCCUGGACUUCACCACCGGCUUCUUUGGCCCGGACGACUGCGUCAACGACGUCGUGGAGAUUAAGUUCGACAACCCGGUGCCCAUUAAGGAGAACGUCAAGUACGCCAUAAGACUUCGCAAUCGAGGUGGCCGGACCAGCAACGGCGACGGUGGUCUAAGCUCCGUUAAGGGUCCCGAUGGUACCACCUUCACGUUUACGGCGUGUUCCCUGAGCUUCAACGGCACUACGCAGACCAGGGGCCAAAUUCCGCACAUCCUGUACUACUCGAACCCCCAAGACUCGGAGGGCCAUCGUACCACCAAAGCCAUGGCCGAGCUGCAGGCUAGGAAGUGCACCUUGGCCAUGACUGCAGCCAUUGUGCAGCGGUCCAAUGACAUCCUGGCAUUGGCAAGGGAGAAAGCGGAAGAUGUACUCUCUACCGAGGUACUCGGGAAUGCGACGUUUGUGACGACUCUGCUGCCGCUGGUCAUGGCACACAUAAGUCCCCUUGCCACCUCCGAUCCAAGGAUCGGAGUGCAAGUGCUCACUCUCAUCCAGGAGAUGCUUCCUCACGUAUCCGCGCUGAACCUUCUCGCGGCCAUGGGGAAUUCUCAGACCUCCCAGGAUGGCGAGAUACCACCUCACCAAUCGUCUCCUGUUACCACCAGCAAUUACUACACCUGGCUGGAGAGCGAUCAUCCGUACAAACCUGCUUCCGUCUCGCAUUAUAAAGUGACAUUCCCAGAAACGGUUAAAUGGCUCACGGUAGAGUUCACGCCGGAAUGCGGCACCUCGCAGCUGGAGGACUACCUGCAGAUGUAUAUUCCAAACGUCACGAGUUCCGGAGCACGUAUUGCUUCGGCGUCGGAGGACAAUCCCACCCACUGGCCGGUGUUGUGCAAACUCAGCAGCGUCAAGUCUCAGUGGCCGCAGAAUGCGGUCGUUCUUCCUGGUAACGAGGUGGUAUUUUCUUUGGAAACCGCUUCCGACUACAUGAAGGACGAGCGGGCGAUCACGUACGGCUUCAAGUGUCUAAUCGUUGGCUACGACUGGAUCACCUCAGGGAACGGCUUGAAGAACCUGGAGACCGAGUUGUCUUUUCUGGGUGGCGCUUGUGCGGCCAGUCUCAUGAAGAAAAAUCUCGCCCUACCGCCAGUGUCAGUGGAGGAGGUCGAAGAGGAUUUGGAAUCCGCCCAGGAGACGGCUAAGGAGAUUUUCUCCGUCCACUCCGCGCUCCUCGGUCGAGGCUUCGCUCUGACGUCCCCUCCGAUGGUCUCCCAGGCGCUCGACGGAGUUCUUCCAUUUAGGUGA